AUGGACGCGGAGGAUUUCAUGGACAGCUGGCUCAUGUGGGGCAACAUCUUUUUCUUCUUCCUCGCCCUCGCCAUCACCGUGGAGGUCGAUCUCAUCCGCCUCCGCCGCAACGACGACGGCAAUAACAAGUCGGCGCACCAGUACGACAUGCUGAUCGAGAGGCUGCUGCUGCUACGACCUAAAGACGACCAAGACAACGAGCAGUGCGUCAUCUGUCUGUCGGAGAACGAGGACGAUGUCGACGGCGGCGGCGGCGAGCGGGGGAGAGGGAGGAUGCUGCCGGGGUGCGCGCACGCGUUUCACAAGGAUUGCGUCGUCAAGUGGCUGCGCAACCGCACAACAUGCCCGCUCUGCCGUUCUGACGUCGCCGUCGCCGCCGCCGCCGCCGCAGAUAACAUGGUCUGA